AUGCCAACUCACCCACCAACCGACCCUCCAAACGCCAUCGCCCUCUCCCUCAUCCUCUCCCACAUCUCCACCCACCCUCAUCGACUCACUACUCGCCCUUCCCAAACCGCCCUCCUUGAAAAACUCACCCGCACCCACAAAUUCCCCUACCGCAGUCCCUAUUGGGGAAAUACCUACCACGACGCCAAGUCCCUGCGAACUGUACUGGGGAAUGUAAUGAGAAAGUAUGGACUGCCGAUCACGAUUGAGGAGGAGGGAGAGGUAGGUAAAAUGGAGGGGGUUGAGAGGCUGUUUCAUUAUGGAGAGGAGGUCUUGGACGUCGGGUUUGUAGAGGCAGUGAGGGAGGCCGCAGGCGAGGUGGGAGAUAUUGGGGUGGAUGGGAUUGACAGUGAUGGAGAGGAAGAGGAUGAGGAUGAGGGUGGUGGCAGUGAGGCUGAGGAGUUGAAGGCGUUGUUGGAGAGGGAUGAUAGUGAGGAUGAGGAGUAUCAGCCACGGAAAGGGAGGAUGAGGGAGGCGAAGAGGAAGGCUGUUGUGAAGAUUCGGGAGAGGAGGAAGAGGAAGAGGGAGCUGGACAGUGAGGAUGAGAGUGGGAGUGAGAGUGCAGUUGAGGAUGGGACCGACAGUGAGAUGGAUGCCGAUGGCGAAGUCGAUUCCGCCUCCGACACCGACGGAGCAUCGAACGCUUCUACCAACGAUAGUCCGCCACCAAAUAAACGACGCAUGAGCCGCGAGAGUUCAACAAACAGACGAGUAUCGACGAUAGCGAGAUCUCGCAACCUCAAGCGGAAACAGCUUCAAGCGCAAACGCUCUCCAAACGCGAGCAAAAAAGCGGUUCUGAAAGCGACGUCGACAUGGAUGCCGAUGGUGAAGACGAACCCCAUUCCGACGACCCAUCUACUGCCUCUUCGGACGAUGAUCUACCAUCCACAAAGCGCUGCGUGAAACGGCAGAGGCAAACGCCGGGACUCUCGCCGACGGGACGCUGUCGCAGCCGAGAGAGAAACAAUUCUUCGAUUUCCCUGGAGUCUGCCGGUCAUGAUCAGGUAGAAGAGGUCGGGAGUGGUAGCGAUGCGGAUGCAGAGGGAGAAGAUGAGGAAGUUGAGUGCAGAUUUGAUCGCAGCGCAUCGAUCACAUCGGCCUCCUCCAACAAUAUUGUCGUUGCGUCGAGACGUUGUGGUGGCGACAGAGCGGAGAUGGGAUCGACGACUUCUUUGGCGUCGGCGGAAUCGACUGCGCUGGCCUGCCGGAGGUUAAUGAGUGAAGAGAUUCGACUUGGCGAUGCUCAUGUUGAGGAGUCUGUCGAAGUUGCGCAUGAUGGUAAUGGCGAAGAUGGAGGUGUAGAGAGUGACAGUGAGAUGGAUGCUGAGGGAGAAGAGGUGGAAGUUGGAGGAGAAAGAGAAAGAGAAAGAAAAGACGAACGACAAGAAGCAGAAGAUGUCCACUUUCUCAGCACAUCCGACGCAUUCUUCGAGGAUGCUCCAAUAGAGCCAUAUGAUCUCGCAGAACGACAGGAAACGCCUAUAAUGCUGCCACCGCUAGAAACCGAUGAGUCCUGGGACAUCUUGACCACUGCGCUGAACGAAGUACGCCGUGGACCUAAUAGUGCAGACGAGCGUACGAGUACGAAUGAGGUCGGAAGCGACAGAGAUGCCGACGGCGAAGACGAAAAAGACGAAGAAGUCGGUACGUACGCCAUCUCAAUCGCAUCUUCGUCCGACGAAGAAGCACCAUCGAUACGAAGCCCAGCGAAGAGACUGAGAAUCGACAGUGUGUUGCACGCAUCUUCCGACGAAGAAACACUCUCGAUCGUACGAAGAGCCAAACGAUCAAAGUCGAGAAGUGUAUCUGAACUACGAGAAGCAAAAAGACAGAAGUUCGCCAGCCCAUCGAAUGCAUCCUCUUCCGACGACGAUGACUAUGGUCCAUUGCGAGGACGUACCAUGACCAGGCAAAAGACAUCAUCGACCAGAUCCUCCAACUCGCAAGUCCCACCACCACGGCACGCAGCUAAACGACAGAGAGCAACAUCGACAGCAUCAUCAACAGCUUCCACAGCUUCGAGGCCCCGGACCUUACCACCCACAACACUAUCAACAUCUCCCCACCCCACCACCCGCAACGACCCGCUCCAUCCCGCGCCAGAAUCAGCCAGCCCUCCGCGUGCAUCUCAACCGACAGGGCAAGCAGGGUCCACGGAACCCAAAGCCCAGACCACCAUCGACCUCUCACCAGACCACCAACCGGCCUUCGUCUCCGUCGAUCCCUCGAUCCCCAAUCCCCACCACUGCGCCUCGUCAAUCGAGCACACGAACUACGGAAAGGGUUCACCAUCGCCACCAGCAUCAGCAGCAGCAGCAUCAGCAUCAGCAGCAGCAUCAGCAGCGCAAAACGUGACGCAGCAGGAGGGUCCCAGUCUAGCUCCCAUCGUCCGCCACGUACACGGAUCUCACGCCCAUCACGCCCUACCACCCCAGGGGACUAUCAGUGCCAAGCGAGCGAUUGGAAGGGACAGAGCGGAGAACCCAGUCAUUCAAAACGACAAGGGUUGUGGUGUCAGCAAAUGUGUCAGCAGGAAAGGUCAGGGAGACGAUAAGGGAGGUGAGAAGGGAGGCAGGGGGAGAGGGAGAGGUGCUGGAUUCGACCAUGCGAAAUUCAGAAAAGCGGUGGAGAGGAUGAAUGAGGGGAUUAAUCGGGCGGUGGUGGGGUUGUGGGAGGAUAUGAUGAUGGGUGGUGAAGAAGAAGGGGAGGGGCAGGGCGAGGAGGAGGUCGUUGUGCUGUAA